GGCGGUUCGAGACUGGAAACAUUUCACAUGAGCAGCAGAUCUAUUUACGAAUCUCUACAGCAUUCUGUACGGCCGGCCCGAAAAAGCGUUCGUGUCGCCCACAUAUCACGCAGGAAUUUCUCUUCGACAGAAAUCGCUUCGUUGCCUCGCAAAUCUACUCUCGGUCACUCGCUACGAGCUCGACUUCUCCCGACCAAAAAAGUAAUACCUCCACGUCUUCCCACUCCAUCCGUCCUCUAUUACUCCACCACUACCUCAAAUAUGUCCUCCGCGACUAUCGAGUCCGCCAAAAGGGCCGCCGCGCAGCAAGCUGUAGCUGAGAACUUCGAUCCCGCAGCCUCACACGUUGGCAUCGGCUCCGGAACCACCAUCGUCUAUGUCGUCGAGGCGAUUAAAGAGCGCAGCACAAAUCCGCUCAUUCGCUUUGUGCCUACGGGAUACCAGAGUCGUAAAGUUAUCGAGCAGGCGGGGUUGACACCCAUUUCCUUCGACAGCUUGAGCGAGGAUGUGAUGCUCGAUAUUGCGUUUGACGGAGCCGACGAAGUGGACGAGGAGUUGAACUGUAUAAAAGGAGGAGGCGCAUGUUUGUUCCAGGAGAAACUGGUAGCGGAGAAGGCGAAGAAGUUCAUUUGCGUUGCUGACUACCGCAAAAACCAAAGCCGCCUCCUGACAAACUGGCCCACCAUCCCCAUCGAAGUGGCCCCCAUCGCCGUCCCCACCGUCCUCCGCUCCCUCCGCGAACUCGGCUCCCAGAACCCCAAACUCCGCACCACGCUGCUCGAGAAAUCCGGCCCCCUGAAGACCGACCAGGGAUUCUUCAUCGUCGACGCUCCGUUCACUCCGCUCCUAACGAGCAGCGACGUCGCCGCCGGUAAGGGCAAAGGUGACGGGAGUGAUGGGACGUGGGAAGUGAAUCGGCUGAGCCAGGCAAUUAAUCAGGUUACAGGGGUGUUGGAGGUGGGUAUUUUCAGCGGCUUGGAUGGGGUGGAGGCGGAGAGUGUGAGGAAGGAGGGGACGCUGCAGGAGAUGGGCGUCAUUACCGGCGGACAGAAGCCUGUGGCGGUGUAUUUUGGCAUGGAGGAUGGGAGUGUGCUGGUUAGGAGGGCGGAGAGGAAGUGAGGUGUGGGCGAUGGUGAAUAUUGUUGGGUUGGACAUUUGAAGGAUCUGGGAUGCAUAUGAUAUAGAUUCGGGAGUGUUGUGUAUGCAUGAUUUGUAGAGAGAUAGAGGCGACCUUGAUUCCCUUGGGCUUCCAUCAUCUUCUGGUUGACACAUCAUACUUCUACCUGGGCAUUCUUUGAUAUAAGAUGGUUCCGUUGGAAGAUUGUGCGAAUUCAACGAAUAGCGCAUCUGUAUCAUGGGGCCAUACGGAGUACUGCCCCUCUCCGUCUUACAUCUAUAAUCAUCGACAUACUCCCAAGCUCUUAUACCCA